GCGGGGCCGAGCGGCGGCGGAGGCGGGGUCGCGAACUCUGACCCCCGGCAGCCGGAGCCGCGCCGCCGCCAAAGGAAACCCGCCGGACCGGCCGCCGGGCCCGCCAGGCUUCAGGUGGAGGUGCAGACUAUGGCUGACAGUACACAAGGCAGGCUGACCUGAUUUAGGGGCUGUGUCCUCAUCUAGCUGUGGCAUGUAGCCAGUGCUCCUGAAAUUCUGGUGAUUAAAGAGCAUGGCAACCAUAGAGGAACUGGCCCAUCAAAUUUUUGAACAGCAAAUGGGAGAGGUUAGCCAUUCCCAGGAAGGUAGCACACAAACACUAAUGGAUGGGACACCACAGCGAAUACAGAUUGUCCCUGCAGAUUCAGGCCUCUCUUUAUCCCAGCGUAUACAGAUUGUCACAGAUCAGCAGACGGGCCAGAAGAUUCAGAUUGUUACAGCACUUGAUCAGAGCUCAGCAGGCAAGCAGUUCAUCUUAACAAAUCAUGAUGGCUCUACCCCAAGCAAGGUGAUCCUUGCCAGACAAGAUUCCACUCCAGGAAAAGUUAUCCUAGCAACUCCAGAUGCUGCAGGUGUCAACCAACUGUUUUUUGCAUCCCCUGAUAUAUCUGCACAACACAUCCAGAUUUUAACAGACAACUCCCCCAGUGAACAGGGCCUAAAUAAAGUGUUUGAUCUGUGUGUUGUAUGUGGAGACAAAGCAUCAGGGCGUCAUUAUGGAGCAGUAACCUGUGAGGGAUGCAAAGGGUUCUUUAAAAGGAGUAUACGGAAGAAUUUGGUUUAUUCGUGCCGAGGAACAAAAGACUGUGUCAUUAACAAACACCACCGGAAUCGCUGUCAGUACUGCAGGCUGCAGAGAUGCAUUGCCUUUGGGAUGAAACAAGAUUCUGUACAGUGUGAGAGGAAACCUAUUGAAGUGUCAAGAGAAAAAUCUUCAAACUGUGCAGCUUCUACAGAAAAGAUCUACAUUCGGAAAGAUCUUCGUAGUCCAUUAGCUGCAACCCCAACUUUUGUAACAGACAAUGAAACAGCAAGAUCAACGGGUUUGCUGGAAUCAGGAAUGUUUGUUAACAUUCAUCCUUCUGCAAUAAAAAGUGAGCCUACUGUGCUGAUGACUCCAGAUAAGGUAGAAGCAUGUCAAGGAGAUUUAAGUACACUGGCAAAUGUGGUGACUUCAUUAGCAAAUCUCAGUAAAUGCAAAGAUAUGUCACAAAGCAGUACAGAGCUAUCCAUGAUUGAGAGUUUGAGUAAUGGAGAUGCAUCAUUACCUGAACAGAAGCAAGAAGAGCAAGCCAGUAGUGAUGUUACAAGGGCAUUUGAUACUCUUGCAAAAGCAUUAAAUCCAGGGGAGAGCGCAGCAUGCCAGAACUCUGAAAGUAUUGACACCAGUGCACAGCUGCUUGGUGGAGAAACAAGCAUGAACAUUGUUGAGAUAGAGGGGCCACUACUCACUGAUGCUCAUGUAGCAUUCAGGCUCACCAUGCCUUCUCCUAUGCCUGAUUAUCUUAAUGUUCACUAUAUCUGUGAGUCUGCCUCCAGAUUGCUUUUCUUGUCCAUGCACUGGGCACGUUCCAUUCCAUCUUUCCAAGCUUUGGGACAGGAUAACAGCAUAUCAUUAGUAAAAGCCUGCUGGAAUGAACUUUUUACGCUUGGUCUAGCACAAUGCUCACAAGUUAUGAAUGUGGCAACAAUCUUAGCUGCUUUUGUUAAUCACCUUCAAGGCAGUUUACAACAAGAUAAGCUGCCAACAGACAGAGGAAGACUAGUAAUGGAGCAUGUCUUCAAAUUGCAAGAGUUUUGUAACAGCAUGGUUAAGCUGUGUCUAGAUGGAUAUGAAUAUGCAUAUUUGAAAGCAAUCGUUCUCUUCAGUCCUGAUCACCCAGGUCUAGAAAACGUGGUACAGAUUGAGAAAUUUCAAGAAAAAGCUUACAUGGAGUUCCAAGACUAUGUAACAAAGGCGUAUCCGGAUGAUACUUACAGACUGUCUAGGCUUCUUCUCCGAUUGCCUGCUCUUAGGCUGAUGAGUGCUGCCAUCACUGAAGAGCUGUUCUUCGCAGGACUGAUUGGAAAUGUUCAGAUUGACAGCAUCAUCCCAUACAUUCUGCGAAUGGAGACAGCAGACUACAACUCUCAGAUCAUAGGUCAUGGCAUGUAAAAGUAGCAGUCCAGGAUUCUGUACCAUGGCAAUCGUGGUGAUGUAAAUGCAUACCCUGUCUCCAAGAGAUGGUCAUAAGCCUUCCAACGCACCUUUCCAAAGAAGGCUCGUAUUCCUCCUUUCCAGGACACUUGGGAAACAUGGUGGAGUGUAUUAGGAUAUAGGAUCACUUCCUGUUCUUCAUCUGUCUUCAAGGACUUGUAAAUUAACUUGAUAUCUGAAGAAGGUCAAGAAUUGUCCAUCCUAUUUUUGUAGGUAGAUGGACUUGGAAUAUUUGUUUAUGAAGUUCAGGCUUAUGAGGAAACUGAAGAAGCUUUGACUGAACUAAGGUAUCUCAACUUAGUUUGAUGUUUUAGACAAAUAAAUUAACUUUCCUCUCUGA